GGCGGGGGAGGAGGGAGCGAUCUUAGGCGCCCCUCCCAGUCAGCAAGGUUGCGUGUGCCCCUUGCGACCGCCAAGAUGGUGGUGGGCGCGUUCCCUAUGGCGAAGCUGCUAUACUUGGGCAUCCGACAGGUCAGCAAGCCGCUUGCCAACCGCAUUAAGGAGGCCGCCCGCCGAAGCGAGUUCUUCAAGACCUAUAUCUGCCUCCCGCCGGCUCAGCUGUACCACUGGGUGGAGAUGCGGACCAAGAUGCGCAUCAUGGGCUUCCGGGGCACGGUCAUUAAGCCGCUGAACGAGGAGGCGGCCGCCGAGCUGGGCGCUGAGCUGCUGGGCGAGGCCACCAUCUUCAUCGUGGGCGGCAGCUGCCUGGUGCUGGAGUACUGGCGCCACCAGGCGCAGCAGCGGCGCAAGGAGGAGGAGCAGCGCGCCGCCUGGGACGCGAUGCGGGCCGAGGUGGGCCACCUGGCGCUGGCGCUCGAGGCCCUGCAGGCACAGGUGCAGGCGGCACCAUCGCCAGGUGCCCUGGAGGAGCUGCAGGCGGAGAUGCGAGAGGUGCGCACCCAGCUGCACGCCGGGGACCCGCCGUCCACCCCCGGGGCCGCGUCCACGUCCCAGGCAGUGUCCUCACCCAAGAAGUAGGAGCUUGCUGAAGCCUGAACUUGGGCGCGGCCUUGUGUGCCCUGAUGUGGCCUUCUCCCUGCGUUACCCUUGCCUGUGCUGGCCCAGGGGAAACCACCAGGGUGUGGAUGGAUGGAACUUGGCUUAGGUCACCCUGCUGCUGACCCGUGAUACUUUCCUACUGUGACCAGUGGCCGGCAGGUGAAGCGUUACAACGCGGCCUCUCCAGCCUCUGACUCAGGUGGUGUAGUCCAGUGCUCACCCCUCCCGCCCACUCCAAACCGCGCCGACCCCGGGCCCAGCCAGCAGGACAGCAGGCUCACUCCUCUGGCAGAAGACCUGGAACCGGACUUGAGCCAGAUCAACCUGCCAGCCCCCCAUUUACGGUGAUCAGUAUUAUAUUUCCCUGGGACGCUCAUCCUUGACAUCAGAAUGCCUCCUUCCCGUUGUCAGGUGGCGCCAGCCAUUGUGAGGGAAUGCAGGGUCGUUCAGUGCACUUCUGCCUCCCUCACCUUCUAAGGCGGGCUCUCUGGGCACCACUCCUCUCUUUGAGGGGAAAACACAGGGGAUCUUGGCUUACAGUUGAUCCGUCAAAUAUUAUAUCUUUCCCCUUAACCUGAUCCAUGGUCUCUUCCCCCAAGACACUCAUAUGGGGUUUUCCAACAGAACCAACCGCCACCCCCUUCCUUUGGUCUAGGGCACAACCCACUGGAAUGGCUGUGCAGGGUCUUCCAGCAGUGCCCUACCACUCCCUCUUCUGGUGGAAAGCUGGGUCCUGCCAGUGACUAGUCUGGCCUGUCUUUGCAGCCUCAGCCCUCUGGUUACCUGUCCUCAGAGUCCCAGGCCUUUCCUGCCUUCCCACCGUCUUCUUCAGUGGCGUCACUCAGGGGACUGGCCUGGGUUAGAUGACCACAUCCCCGUGUCCGUCAGAUCUGUAGAUCUCUGUGCUCUUGCCCUCCUCUCAUCGGGCUCUGGUCCAGCAGCCCCCCUUCACGCAGCGUUACCCUCCUGCCUCCAAUCCCCAAGUCCCACCUCCAUCCCACUGGGCUUAGCUUAGCUACCAGUUGGGCCUUACCUUUGUUAUUAGUUUUUAGGACUGUGGUAACAAAUUACCACAAACUCGGUAGCUUAAAGCAACAGGAGUUUAGGGACUUCCCUAGUGGUCCAGGGAUGAAGGCUCUGUGCUUCUAGUGCAGGGGACGCAGGUUCAGUCCCUGGUUGGGGAACUAAGAUCCCACAUGUUGCAGGGCGGCCAAAACAAACCAAAAAACCCCACAAAAACCCACAACUACACGAGUUGUGGAGGUCAGAGAUCUGAAACUAGGGUGUUCACAGAUCUCUCUCCCUCCACAGGCUCUAGGGGAGGACGCUUUCUUGCCUCUUCAGCUUCUGCAGCCUCAGGCAUCCCUUAGCUUGUUGGCCACAUGUCCCCAGCCUCUGCCUCCAUCUUCCCAUGGCCUUCUCUUCCUCCCUGUCUCUUGUGAAGAAUCCUGUCAUUGGAUUUAGGGCUCACGCUAAAUCAAGGAUGAUUUCACGUCAAGAUCCUUGACUUAAUUACAUCAAAGACUCUUUGCAAAUAAGCUCCCAUAACUUCCUGGGUGAGGCAGCCCAGGAGUCCUUUGCCAAUCCCGUGGGACAUUAGGGGAAGCACAAGGGUGAGAGGAACAGUCCAGGAACCAUCCUUCACAACGUGGCUUCUCUUCCAAGACUCACCUCUGAAGCGGGAGGGGUCUGGGCCCCACCAGUCAGCAUUCUGUCUUUCAGGCUAUUGCUGUUAUUUAGUCCCUAAGUUGUAUCCAACUCUUGCGACCCCAUGGACUGUAGCCCACCAGGCUCCUCUGUCCAUGGGCUUUUCCAGGCAAGAAUACCGGAAUGGGUUGCCAUUUCCUUCUCCAGGGAAUCCUCCUGACCCAGGGAUCAAACCUGUGUCUCCUGCAUUGGCAGGCGGAUUCUUUACUACUGAGCCACCUGGGAAGCCCCUUUCAGGCUGUAGAUGUUGCUUACUUAAAGGAGCCCUGGAGUGAGGAAGUCAGCUGAAGGAUGUGUUUGAGAAUCAUGAGCUGAUCUCCAAAACGGGUACAAGGCUUAUUAAAAUUAGGAGAGAAGCAAGAAGAAAGAUGAGAGGGAGGUGGACUACUUGGGGAGGGGGCAGAGAUCUCUACACAGUAGCGAAAGGAGGGGGUGUAAUUCUCUAUCAGAACAGCCCCCCAUUACACUCAGGAUCUUAGCAUUUGCCGAAUGAGGUGAGACCCAUUCCAUAUCUGUUUCCCAGCAGCUGUAGGUGGAGUGGGAGGGGCCAGCUUUCUCUCCCUUUCUCCCUCACCUCCCUUCCCCAGGGGAGUGAAAACCAUAUGGACACAAGACCUACCCAGAUAGAAAACCAAGAAACUGGGGUUUUGAGGCAGCAUCUUAAUUCCUUCUAGAAGAUCCUCCACUGAUAUAGAGGGAGCUGAGGAGGUGGGCCCAGGUAGGGAUACUUUUAAAAUUGGAAGUGACUUGAGUAGGUUUAAUGAUGAUGGCAAGAGACAAAGCUGCCACAGGAUGAUGGAGUGGUUGAUGGAGCCAGGUGAGCCAGCUCAGUACCUGUUUCCAUGAUUACCUCUGGUGGGGGUGGGUCCACUCUGGCGCUGAUGCAUCUCUGGAUCAGGGUUUCUGGAGGCCAGGGACUUUAACUGCCCCCCACAUCACGUCAGUGUCAAUGACAUCAAUGUCAGUGACCUCUCGUCAGUUAGAUGCGGUCAUUAUCAGAGUGGUGGUGGUGGUGGUUUAGUUGCUAAGUCAUGUCCGACUCUUGCAACCCCAUGGGCUGUAGCCUACUAGGCUCCUCUCUUCAUGGGAUUCUCUAGGCAAGAAUACUGGAGUGGGUUGGCAUUUCCUUCUCCAGGAGAUCUUCCUGACCCAGGAAUCGAAUCCGGGUCUCGUGCAUUGCAGGCAGAUUCUUUACCAACUGAGCUACAAGGGAAGCCUCUGGUGGAGUUAAUUACUGAAUUCCAGUUAGGCGCGGGACACUGUUCUAAGUGCUUCAUAUAGUUGGCAUAACGUUAUUUUCUUUGUUUCCUUGAUGAGGAAACUGAGGCACAGAGAGGGAAAGUCACCUACCCAGGGUCACACAGGAGGGGAAGAAGCAGACGUGGGAUGAGAAGACGGGCAGUCUGGGUUGGAGCUCCUAACCCCUGUGCUGCCCUGACCCUGACAUAGUGCUGCUCUCGCAUCUCGGACUCAGAACUCAGCCCUGACACAUCCUCACGUGCAGCGAGUGAGACUUUGUGGGAUGUAGCUGCUUCACCCGCUGCGUGCGGGUGGGGUCAGCGCAUGUGAGGGGAAAGAAUCCCCCCCAAAACGCACAAGACCAGAGGAUGGCUCAUCGCUCUGGUUUCCUGCUAGCUAAAAUUUUGUAUCUAUUUGUGACUUGGGAAAAGGGGUUAGAAUAAAUUUGUAAUUCAAAUUGGCUGUCUUCAAGUUGGUGUAUUUUUUCCCCACAUGUAAAAAUCCCUGUUAACAUUAGAAAAACUGUCCUUCGUUUAUUCUUUCAUUCGAAGAACUGUCACCAGGGGAACUGCCUGGUGGUCCAGUGGUGCGGACUGUACGCAUCCGCUGCACAGGGCGGGAGCCUGAUCCCGGGUGUUGCCGCGCCUGACCGACCAACCAACCAACUGUCACCAAGGUGCCCACCACGUUCCUCACCGUGCUCUGUGCAGAGCUGGUGACCCAGCUGUGAAGGAGACAGCCCCAACCCUACCCGCAGGGGGCUUACAGUCCAGUGUUAUCUGCCCUGUGGUUAUUUGGGAAGGAGGGACUCCUCCUGAGGAGGGCUGUAAGCCAUCAGAAGCAAAUUCAACAGUGGCUCACAGAAGCCUCAUCCGGUGUCCUGAGGACUCUGCCUCUGUCAUCUCCUGGCAGGCCCUGUUGGCCCCCAUGUUGUUUUCGCCAUUGGGCAGGCCCUUGCCUGGGGAGAGCCACCCCAGGAGAAAAUGGACUUCCUAAAGCCCCCACCUGACCCACUGGCCCAUUGCUGAGCUGGCCACUGUGAUGCUGUGGGGCCAGGCUGGGGUCCCCCAGCCUCCGUAGGCAGAAGGAGAGGAGAAGCAUGUCCAGAGGAGGGUGGAGAGGGCGCCAUCUACCCGCUUACUGGACAAAUGUUUACUGCGCUCCUGGCCCCAUUCUAUCUAGCAGCUGGGAGUCAACCUGGAACUAGACGAGGUUGCUGUUGCCACGGAGCCACCAGCUAGUGCAGGGACAGUAAAGGAAAAAAACUAGGAUCUUCCCUGGUGGCUCAGUGGUAAAGAGUCCACCUUCCAAUGCAGGGGAUGUGGGUUCGAUCCCUGGGGGUCGGGUGGGGACUGAGAUCCCACGUGUCUUGGGGCUGUUAAGCCCUCGAGCCACGACUCCUGAGCCCAUGUGCCACAGCUAGAAAGCCGUGCACCGCAACGAAGGCCCAGCGCAGCCAAAAACAGGAAGGAGGAAAGAAGAAAAACUGAUCCGGGCCUGGGUGAUGAGGGCUGAGAAGAAAGAGCUCAGGAGUAGUGGAGAUGGGGAAAUAGAUCAGCUGGUCAGGGAGGCGAUGCGAGGAGCCCCGUUGGCAGCCUCCAGAGUGAGAAAGGGCUAGCAGGCCCUGCAACGGUGUGGGGUCUGCCUCUUCCUGGACCUGCAAGAGGCUCUGCUAUGAGAACAGGGCUGGGGUCAGCAGACUAAGGGCCUGGCGCUGCCUGUCUUUGGGAAUAAAGAUUUAUUGGAAUCCAGCCACACUCAUUUGUUUAUGUCUUUUUAUGGCUGCUUUUGCAUGGCAAUGACAGAGUUGAGUCAUUUGUGAAAAAUACCAUUUUGCUUUCAAAGAUGCAAAUAUUUACUAUUUGGCCCGUUACAUAAAAAGAGUUUACUGACCCCUGGAACAGAGUAAGCAAGGGAAGAAGGAUGGGCAAAGGGCUCAAGAGGACAAAGGCUGGCCCCCUUGCCUCAGUUGGCACAACUCUGGAGGGGCCAGCCAGCUCCCACACGUCCGUUAGGUCAGCUCUUAUGCCCCCCUGCCUGGUCCUGCUUCCGUCACUCCUCCAGUCCCCACCUGCGGGAGCUACUUCCUAGAGACGCUGCAAUAACCCUGCCGUUCUCAGAUUGCAGAGUCUCCAUCUCAAUCUACAAGGUGAAAUAAGACCUAUAUUUUGUAUAAUCCACCAUAUAUAUGUAUAAUAAUUCACAACUCACCCUCCAUGUUGGAUAUACAUUGUGUAAUUCCUAUAUUAUGUGACAUAGUAUAUAAUGGAAUAUAAAAACAUUUUAUGUAAUAUGUCAUAUAAGAUAUGUUGUGUGUGUUGUGUGUGUGUAAAUUUAUCAUUGCAAUGAACAUUUCAGUAAUUUACCCUUAAUAUGUGCCGUGUAGUCUGAUAUCUCCCGUUUCAUUGUGUUGCAUUUAGAAAAACUACAGAUAAAUAUGUAUCAUAUACCUAAUAUGUAUCAUAAACAUAAAAUCCAUCAUAUCAUAGAA